ACGCACCACAACCGUUCGAUUUCAUUGUGGAUGGACGGCUGCUGCGAUCCUCCCUGCGCAAGUGCCUGCUGACGUCAGCACUCUCCACGGAGCGGGUGAUUCCCAUCGAGUACACACUAGCAGUGCGCCCGCCCUCCGCCUCCCACUCUGCUCCCCAUGAUGAUUGGGUUUCCGCUGUCUCUGCUGCGCAUCCCAGUGUGAUCGUGACCGGCUCCUAUGACUCGCACGUGCGCCUCUUCUCCGUCCCUCCAACCUCCGCUGCCGCGGCCACCCCAGCUGAUGCCACUGCUCAUGCUGCCCAUGCUGCUGAUGCGGGUAGCAGCGGUGCGAGGUGCAUUCAGGUGGCAGCAGCACACUCUGAUGUCGUCACUCACAUCGCCGCCCUGCCAGCAGGCAGCGCCUUUGUGUCGGCGUCCAAAGACCGCACGCUGCGCCUCUGGCAGCUCGCAGGAGAGAGCACUGAGGCGCCUUCCGCCCCUCCCUCGCUGCGCGCAUGGGUGGUGGCAGUGAUGCGAGGCCACACCGCUGCCGUGCAGUGCGCUGCUGUGAACGCACGGACUAAUAAGCGUGGCAGCAUCAAGAGUGGCAGCAUCAAGAGUGGCUCCAUCAAGAGUGGCAGCAUCAAGAGUGGCAGCAUCAAGAAUGGCACCAUCAAGCAUGGCACCAUCAAGCUGUGCUCGCUGCCUCCUCUCCUCUCACUCUCCUUUCUCUCGCCCCUCUGCCUGCCACUCUUACCCCUCUCUUCCCUUGCCUCCCCACCACAGCUGGCAUCAGGCGGCUGGGACAGCACCAUCAAGCUCUGGACUCUGCCCAGGCUGGGAGCCAACACAGGAAGGCAGGGAGGGGGAGGGGGAGGGGACGGGAGCGCAGGUGGUGAUGGGAGUGGGGGAAUGGGGGAGGAUGCGGGAGGAGAGGGGGAGGAGGAAGGGGGGGAGGCGGGAGGAGCGGAGGGAGCGGGGCAAGCGCGGAAGCGAGUGCGGACGGCUGCAGGGGCGGUUGAGGCAGAGGGCGUGGAGCUCACCCCGGACCUCGCUCUGGAAGCGCACACACAGUGCGUGGCAGGCGUGGCAUGGCCGGCGCAAGGCUCCUCGCUCUUCUCCGUCUCGUGGGACCACUCGCUGCGUGCAUGGGACGUCGAAGCUGCUUCUGCUGUGUCUGUGCGGACCAGCGCGCAUCCGCUGCUGGCAGUGGCGGCAGGGGGAGGUGGGAUGGCGUCGCUGGUGGCAGUGGGGGGCGCGCACCCCACCAUCCUGCUGUGGGACAUGCGCGCUGCCACAUCCGUGCUUUCUCCAUCGAUCCAGCUGCUGGGUCACACGGAUUGGAUCUCAUCCCUCGCAUGGUCCCCAUCGAACCCACUGCAUCUCCUCUCCUCUGCCUACGAUGGCUCGCUCAAGAUUUGGGAUCUUCGCUCCACUGUGCCGCUUCACACGGUCAAAGCUCACUCGGAUAAGGUGCUGUGUGCGGACUGGUGGCAGGGCGGCAACGCUGUAGUCAGUGGGGGAGCUGACAACCACCUGCGCAUCUUCACACACCACUCUUAA